GCUGAUGCAUUGUGGGUAGGUCAGGCAUAGAGUGGAGGACGCCAUGUGCUUUCGAGACAGAAGGACCCGGGGAUUGACAGUACUGGUGUGUGGUUUGAAGGGGCAUAUUUUGGUAGUUUGAGCAGAGGAGGAACCCGGGUACUUGAUUAGGAUGUAUUGCACCAGAUACUGCAUUAGGACCGCGCUGCGGAUCGCGGGAAACACACACCGGCAAGAACUCUUACGGCAGACGCCAGCCCUAUGUACGCUCAGACAUUUAAAGACGACUCCAGCAAACCCCUCCGGUGCCAUAUUGGCCCCCCCUCUGGACGGGGCACCCAAACAGUAUACCCCCAAAAUCCAACAACUGGUCAACGACAUAGCGAGUCUAACCUUACUAGAGGUGUCGGACCUUAAUGACCUACUCAAGAAAACCUUGAACAUUCAAGAUGUGGGAAUGAUGCCAAUGGGGGCCAUGGCAGCCCCUGCAGCGCAGGCCACAGAGGAGGACGACCUUCCGGUCAAGAAGGAGCAGACCCAUUUCAUCGUGAAACUGACAGAACUGAAGGCAGCGGAGAAAGUCAAACUCAUAAAGGAAGUGAAGAACUGCAUGCAGGGCUUGAAUCUGGUGCAGGCCAAGAAGCUGGUGGAGAGCCUACCCCAGGAGAUCCGGGUCAACGUGUCCAAAGAGGAGGCCGAGAAACUCAAAGCAGCCCUGGAGGCCGCAGGAGGCACCGUGGUGUUGGAGUAACCACUGCGUCCGCCGGCCCAUCAGCCCGGCCUACCCGUCCCGCCACCAACGCCAUGGCUACUCGCGCACCUAGUGCGCUUUUUGUUUGUCUUUUUACUUUUUCUUUUUACCAUCCAAGAGGGGAAGGCAAUGGAGGAAAAUAAUCAGAGGCGCUAAAAGAAAUGACCUCCGAUGUACGCACCUCCUAUGUGCGUUCCGUGUCCGGUGGUGGGGCUGCAGAAAUCCAAAGACUGAACUCCCUGCAGGCACCCCUCUAACCUGAACACAGAGGGUGUCCAUGUGCAACCCCCGCCUACUGAUCUCUUUGUGUGAUGCGUCGUGAGGCUACUGCGGAGCUACCAAACUGCGGGUCCUCGGCCUCAUGUCAGAUGACGGUUUUCUUUCUGUAUUGUAUGUCUCCUUUUUUUUUUCUUCCACAGAACGAAAUGUUAAGUUGUUCCGAUCUGGAUCUAGGCCCAUUAACUGUCUAAAUAAACAUAACUGUUGGAGGAGUCUACAUUACAGCAAGGAUGAUUAUUAUGAACGUGAUUAAAGUUGAAAUAUUCACAUGUAAUCCCGUUCUUUUCAAGUGUUCUGAUGUUGAUUGUGUCCUGUGAUGGUAAGGUAAUGAAGGAAACAUUUGAAAGUAAAUAAGAUUAAGAAAUCCAUUGAAAUUAUUUUGGAAUACGAAAUCAAGUCAAUCCUUUAAAAGUUCAUUGGUCCAGGUUUGAAAUUUUACAUUUACUUGAGAUCUGUUUUAUAUAAUGCAUUCAGCACAAAGAGUAGCAAACUCAAUCUGCACAUGUGUAAUGGAUUAUUAUUCACAUCACAAGGUUUUGACAGUAAAAAAAGAAAUGCGUGUAAAUUAAGCAGCUGAAUUUAGCCCACACACUUGUGCACUUGCCUGGGAACCAGACAGCUACCUGCAGGGCAGCCGGACUCGGGGUGUAAGGUGGACAGGCUUUGGGGGGCCCAAGGCAGACUGGCCCAUGGGAAUGUAAAAAUAAUAAAAAAUCUUAAAACCUCACUUUUUAACGU